UCAUUGGGAAAUGCCCUUGCCUUUCAAAGACCUGGAUCCCGCUUUCCCAUCCAAUCAAGCAGCAGUAUUCAGGAGAACCAAGAAAACCCUUGAUCGGCUGAGGGAGGACCCUCUUCGAAUAUGGCCUUGCGUCCAGGCCAUGCAAAAGAGUAUUGACUCAAGGCAUGUAGAAGUGGUACCAACAGAACAACUUCAUCCCUCGCCAGGCCGAGCUUGGUGGCUGCCGGUGUUUCCUGUGACUCACCCAAAAAAGGGAAAGGUGAGGCUCGUCUGGGACAGCUCUGCAGUGUUCCACGGUGUGAGCCUCAAUUCUGAGCUAUUACAAGGCCCAGACCAAAACAACAAGCUCAAGGGAGUUCUUCUUCGAUUCCGCGAGGGUGAAAUUGGGUAUAUGGCCGAUGUUAAGUCUAUGUUCCACAGUUUCCACCUCAAUGAAGAACACAGAGACUACCUUCGGUUUUAUUGGUAUAACGACAACGAUCCCUUGAACGGGCUAGUCCAGUACCGGGCGAGGGUCCAUAUAUUUGGAAAUCGUCCCAGUCCAGCAAUUGCCACCCUGGGCCUGCGACAUUCCGUUCUUGCUGCUCCCGGGGCCUCUCAGCAAGUUCAGGAAUUUAUCAACCAUCGGUUUUAUGUGGAUGAUGGGCUUGGAACCUCUAACAAAGUGGAGGAGGCUGUGGGUACUCUCUUGGAAGCCAAGUCCGUUCUUGGGGCUUUUCACAUCCGCCUCCACAAGAUCGCCUCCAAUAACCCAGCCGUCCUCGCCGCCUUUCCAGAUAGCGAACAAGCCUCAGAAUUGGUGAAUAUCGACAUCAAAGACGCCCCUCUUCAGCGCACCCUCGGGGUAGCAUGGAAGGUUGACGAAGACAUCUUCAAAAUUCAGGUGGACGUUCCAGAACGACCAUUCACGCGCAGGGGCAUUCUGUCAGUCAUCAAUUCACUGUACGACCCUUUGGGGUAUGCAAGCCCCGUAGUCCUGACCGGGAGGCUACUCCAGAGAUCUCUAUUAUCUCUACCGGCCUCACACUCUGCCGGAACACAGUCAGAAAUCUGGGAUCAACCCCUUCCACGAGAACGACUUACUGAAUGGGUUGAGUGGCUAUCUUCCUUAACUGAUCUUAAUCACCUAAAAUUGCCAAGACGUUUAACCCCCGCGGGGUUUGGAUCAGUGAAGAACCGCCAUCUCCACGUCUUUGCAGACGCAUCACCCGUGGCCAUUGGAUAUGUCAUUUAUGUUCGCUCGGUUAGUUUAUUUGAUCAGAUAUCCGUCUCCUUUCUGACAGGCCACUCAAAGGUUUCCCCCAAAAACGUCAGCUCCAUACCAAGAUUGGAACUCUGCGCUGCUUUGGAGGCAUCAACUGCGGCCUGCCAAGUCUUGGAAGAACUAACAAUUGAAUUUGAUACUAUCACCUUCUACACAGAUAGCUUGGUGGUCCUUGGCUACUUGACAAAUACCGAAAGACGCUUCAGUCGUUAUGUAUCAGGACGGUUGUCUGCCAUUCUUUCAUCCUGGAAUGCUGACCAAUGGCAAUACAUCAGAACCGACCUAAACCCGGCUGAUAUCGCCACGCGGGCAUGCAAUCCCAAGGGCCUUGCCCAGUCCAAAUGGCUCAGCGGGCCACCCUUCUUGUGGGAUUUUCAGUCUGUCAAUCCCUCGUCCCCCCCCCCUCUACCAAGGGCUCUUCCAGAAACCGAAAAAGAAACGGAAGGCUUGGCAUGUUUCACCACACUUGACUCUCCACCCCUCUUUCUUGGUUUGGUCUCAAGAGUUUCCUCAUGGUCCCGUCAACUCAACUCAGUGGAGACUCUUUUGCGUGGGUGCCAUGCCUGGCUAAAGCGGUCCAGAACAAGACUUUCUCCCACGUCAACUUCCGUGAAAAUAAGCCCCUCUCGUAACUCUGCAAGAGUUCUGCUCAUCAAGGAAUCCCAGGCCUUUUGUUACGGCCCUGCUCUCAAAACAAUUCAACAAGGGAAGUCUCUCUCCCUCAAUCACUCCCUUUCCAUGUUGUGCCCCAUUGUCGAUUCUGACGGCCUACUUCAUGUGGGAGGUUGCCUCAAAUGGUCUCUGGACGCUUAUGAAACAAAACAUCCCAUCCUAAUCCCAGAAAAAUAUCCGCUUCACGACUCCAUUCUGGCUCACCACCACGCCAAAACCGGACAUCAAGGGCGCCAUCUCAUCCAUGCCAGUGUCCGAAGUGCAGGAUAUCAUUCAGAAAACGGACGCGGUGCUAUUCGGAACCUCUUGAAGAACUGCGUACUCUGCAGGCGCCUACGUGCAAGGCCAGAGGAACAACUGAUGGCCGAUUUUCCUGCUGACCGACUGGCCUGUUCUCCUCCGUUCACACACACUGGGCUCGACGUGUUUGGACCAUUUCUAACUCAAGACGGCCACACAACUCGCCGGACCAAAUCCGUACACAAAAACUGGGUUCUCCUUUGCACAUGUCUAGUGUCCCGAGCAGUCCACGUGGAACUUCUUCCCGGCAUGGAUACUUCUAGCUUCCGCAAUGCUCUCAGGAGGUUUCUGGCUAUGCGUGGGCCUUGCCAGGUCAUUCGAAGCGACCAGGGAACAAAUAUUAUGGGUUCUCUAGGACAGGAUACCAAUGAUCUGGACUUAGAAGCUGUCCAACAAGAACUGAGUGCCAUGGAAUGUGAAUGGAAGUUGAAUCCCCCUCAUGCUUCGCACUUUGGAGGCUCAUGGGAGCGCAAAAUUGGGUCCGUGCGGCGAGUUUUAGAGGGAACCAUGUGCCAAUUGGGCCCCCAAAAGCUUUCUAGAGACGAGCUAGCUACCCUCUUAUCUGAAGCUUGUGCCAUCGUGAACUCGACCCCCUUGUGGAGCAUUUCUCAUGAUCCUAAUGACCCUUUUCCUCUCUCGCCAUCCUCUCUGUUGAAUCUCAAGGAAGACUGUUCCCUUCCUGGACUGGACUCAUUUUCCCAAGCAGACAUCCUAGCCUAUGGGAAACGCAGGUGGCGGCGUGUCCAGUUUCUAGCCGACCAGUUUUGGACUCGGUGGAGAAGCCAGUACCUGGAAGCUCUCCAAGCAAGAAGAAAGUGGAUUGUCCCUCGUCGGUCUCUCCAACCCGGAGAUCUCGUGCUUCUCAAGAACAAGGCCGAGAAAAGGAUGUCGUGGCCGCUCUGUCUCAUUCAAGAAACAAAAGUUAGCAAGGAUGGGCUGGUGAGGUCGGUAAUCGUCAAACGAAUGGACGCCACUAGUGCUGGCAUUGCCAAGCCCCGAUUUUAUGAGCGACCCAUCUCUCAAAUUGUGUUGAUCACUCCACAAGAAAGCGCCUUCUCCGGGGCGGGCAGUGUUCUGUCGAGCAAGCUCCCUUUCGAUCACCCUGUCACCCAUUCGUAAUUUCCGAAGCAGCUUUACGGUCACCCUCUCGGGUUCUUCUUCAGCUGUUCACUUUUCCAAACGAUUUACCACAUGUCAGAUAUGUUUGAUGGAAAGAGGCACGCUUUCACCGUAAUCUUACAAAUUAUAAUAUAAUACUGUUCGUCAAAUCGCCUGAA